AUGUGUCGAACCACUCAAGCAAAGAAAAUCAUCACUUCGUUGAAAGCAAUACCGCUGCGACCACAGUAUCACAUGGAGAACUCUCCCAAAUUCGGCCUUCGACGCCCCUUGGACGGCUUAACAUACAAAUUCCACCUUGAGGGUGGGGAUGCCAAAGAAAGCGUCUAUGUGCGAUCGGACUCGGCCGUGAAGAUGAUCUUCGACCGGGAUUUUGGAUGGUCGAUUUGGGAUGAUCCGGACCUGAGUGCCUCACGGACGCUAUUGGGGCGUGUGUGGGAUGUCCCGGUUAUAAACCAAGGCGACCGGCCGCCGGAGGGAGUCUGGGUCAGUCGCAAGGCCGACAAGUCAUACGUCUAUAUCCUCGAGUACCUAGAAUAA